AUGUCCGCAGGGGCGCCCCGGCCGGUCUGGCACGUGGAGCAGGCGGCCGACAACCGCGACGUCGGUAGCGUCGACCUGACCUGGAACAACGGCGAUGUCGGCCAGUUCCCAUACGUGUGGCUGCGGGACAGCUGCCUCUGCCCUGGCUGCUAUCACCCCAGCGCGCUGAGUCGCAAGCUGCGCAUCGACCAGCUGGACGUCGGCAUCGUUCCGCGCUCUGUUCGGAACGACCCGGAUGCCCAGGAGGUAGUCAUCACCUGGCCGGACGGCCACGUCUCCCGCUUCCCACACGACUGGCUGGGCCAGCGCCAGUUCACGCCGCAGCAGCUGAAGGAGCGCAAGAAGGAGCAGGCCGGACCCAGGACGGUGCUGUGGGACCGGGCCGCCAUGGAGCAUAGCCUGUUCAAGGUCGACUACAAGGAGCUGCUCGGAGACCUGAGCGUGCUGCGGGAGACGCUCCACCGACUCAUCUCCCACGGCCUGCUGGUGGUGCGCAACACCCCGAUCCGGUUCGGCGUGGUGGAGGAGAUCGCCUCCCGCCUCGGGCACACCAGGAUGACACACUACGGGAAGACAUUCAGAGUGAUGAGCAAGCUGGACGCCAAUAAUCUAGCAUACACCAGCGAGACCCUGUCACUGCACCUGGACCAGCCCUAUUACGAAUACAUCCCUGGGGUGCAGAUGCUGCACUGCAUCUCCCAGCACGUGGGGAGCGGCGGCGAGAACACGCUGGCCGACAGCUUCUACGUGGCCGAGCUGAUCCGCCAGCAGCGGCCCGACCUCUUCAAGCUGAUGUCCGCCAUGCCUGUCGAGUUCGACGACGUCGGCGUCGAGAAAGAGGAGGACCAAGACUGUCGCUUCCACAAGGUCCAGGAGCACACCGUGUUUAGAACGGACGGAGAAGGCAAUGUGAACCAAGUGUGCUUCAACAACCCGACCCGCUCAUACCGCCUGAACGUGCCUUUCGACUUAGUGAAGCCCAUGUACGAGGGGCUGAAAAUGUUACAUGACUUGUGCAUGGAGAAGGAAAACCACAUGCUGUAUAAAAUGGCAGACGGCGACGUGCUGGUGUUCAACAACCGACGCGUGAUGCACGGCCGGCGGGGCUACACGGUCACCUCCGACAGCACGCGCACGCUCGAGGGCGGCUACAUCGACUGGGACGAGAUCCUGUGCCGCUACCGUACCGUCUCCGACCUGCUGCGGAGGCCGUCGAUGCGGCGCUAGAGCCGGCAGCCACGGGCCUCUGCCGCGGGCCUCUGCCGCAGGCCUCUGCCGCGGGCCUCCGCGGGCCUCUGCCGCGGGCCUCUGCCGCGGGCCUCUACUAGAGCCGGCAGCCGCUGGCCUCUGCCGUGCGGACGGAUCACGACCGUGACGGCGGCUGGAGAGGUCGGCAGAGGCUGGUUGUCCGCGGCUGGAGAGGUCGGCAGAGGCUGGUUGUCCGCGGUGGGAGAGGUCGGUCCGGCUCGCUCCACGCCGGUGCGCCGUUCAGGGCCGUCAGUGGACGCGGUAUUGACAUGUUGACGCUGUCGGCGCGCGCUGGACCAGAGUUUGGCCGGUGUCCUCUGCCAGGGGCGGUUCUGUGCUGGCGGCUCCUGAGGUCUGACUAACAAGGUGCUCUUCAGCUCUCCUAGAACGGUGCUGCUGUGAUCCGGGUCAUUACGCAUCUUGGUAGCUUUAAUAAUUAGUAGUGCAUUUUAAGUGUUACUAUGCUAACUCACUCAGUGCUUCGUCAUGGUGCAAUAUGACAACGAAGAAGAGACUCACGCAAAGAAGAGACUCACACCUGUCCAAACUUGCAGGAUGUGGCGGUUUCACUUCGCUUUGAGAUUUACUGCUUGUUUAUGCUGGUCGUAGGAGUGAAAGCUAGGUACCGGAUGCCUUGACUGUCUCACCUUGAGAGACUUAUUUAAUCGCGCGAAUCGGAACGGGUCUGGCUGGUACAGAGUCUGGUGAAGGUGCUUAUCGCUUAUAGUGAAAAUAAAUGUGCAUGAAAUAGUUGCGCGUAUUAUCUAAAG